CUUACCUCUAACAAGCUCCUGGGUGAUAUUGAUGCUGCUGGUCCACAGACCACACUUUGAACAGGGAGACUCUACUGGGACAAUAGUCAGGACACAGAGUAAAAAGUAUUCAAUACCAUCCUCUUAUUCUAGAAUGUUCUCCAGUCUUUAUUGCCAUAAAAAUUCUGCUCAGUGUUUCAGGUACAGCUCAGAUGUCACUUCUAUGAAGGUUUUUGGGCUCUCCUGGAGUUAAUCUCUUAUAACUCCUUUAUGAUAUCCCACUGAUCAUUUGCCUGAUAGCUACUUGUGUAUAGCUGUCACCUCCAGUUUUGUUUAUUCUACCUACUUACUUAUGUACAGUUUUUAUUUAUGUAUGGUUUUGAUGUGCAGUCUGAGUCUUAACAAGAAUGUAUAGAUCCAGAAGAGUCGCAUCACCCCCAAAUUCCCUCGUGCUGCCCUUUGAAGUCCCUCCUUCCCACAACCCCAGCCUCUGGCAACCACUGACCUGUUUCUAUUCAUAUACUUUUGUCUUUUUCAGAAUGUUAUAUUAAUAGAAUCAUACACCAUGUAGCCAGGGAUGACUUCUUCAGCUCCCAUUGACUCAAGAAGCAGAGAACACUGAGAUUUGUUUGAUUCGGUCAUUCUCACCUUGGGAGGGAAACCAAGAUGAAGGCAUCUGGCUCUUGUGAAGGAUGCCAAAGCCAGUCAUGGGCAAAACCAGUUCCGGUUCUCUCUAGUUCUUCACACAGGCUUGAACAGUGUUGGUGUGGAAACCAUGUGUGAGUAUGUGCAUGAGGUCCUAGAGAAAACCAAUGCGAUUAAGGCUGGCUCUGGACUUUGAGGUACAGCUCCUGUGGAUGCUGAGGAUUAGCAGUAACAGCUGCUAUCCUGCCCAUUAGAGGAGAAGCAGAAGAGAGAACAAAAUACUUGUUUAAAGGAUGUAUCUCUGCAACUCUGAGGGGGGAAGCCAGUCCAUCAAGCCUGAAGGUAAGUGUGCUCCGAGGUAAGUGGAUGUUUUCCUGGUUCUGGUAGACUAGGGCUGGUGGGAAAGCAGAAACCUCAAGAUUUAAGGAGGGGAGGGUGGGAUUUGUGGGGCGUGGCUCUUACCCCUCCCCCCUGUAGGUGUCUGUGUUUGAUCUGAUUUGGGGAGAGGAGACCAACUUCUGCCAUCAACAAAGGCUCCAGGGACAUUUCCUUGUGGUCCUUCUGGAAGAAAAUGGAAAAGCCCUGGUUCCCCUCAGCUGAGAAUGUGUUUUUACAGCUCAGUGUUCAUUACCUCUGAAUGUCCCUGGGAAACUGUAGGAAUGUUCCCUUUUGGUGGAGAAGUUUUUGACUUUUUUUUACCUCAUGGAAAACAAACCUAGCAGAGAGUUAUUGUCUGAAGGACUCUUAGGUCCAAAAGAUUGGAGUUAUAGUUCACUCUGCUGUCUCCCUGUAUCUGGUCAAUGUAAGAGGCGGGGUGGUGGUGGGUGAAGACAAGAUGCGGGUAGAUGACAUUGGAUUAUUUGGUUGCAUGGAUUAUCUCCUUAGCCCAUUGCUUUUAUAGCUGCUUUCACUACAUUUAAGGUAUUUUAUUUUUACCUUUUAAAACUAGCUUAUUAGAGAGGAGGGUUGUUGUUGCCGUGCAUUGCUCCUUAGAUCAACAUAUUAACUGAACUUUGGAAAAUUUUGUAUAUAUAAAAAUAUAAAAAGGAACAACUCCUUUUAAAAAAUUAGGACGUCCUAAUGUCCCAAAUGUUUGUUCAGAGGGCUUUCACCUGUCAUAUUUGCUGUCUCUCACAUUAUUCUCCUCUGAGAACUUCUUUUACACAGUCAACUUCUCAUUCUUUCUGUCCGUGAUAUUAGAGCUAGCAAACAAAAGUGAAACUUAGUCUCUAAGUGUUAUUUUAUCCAAUCAUUUUAUUCUAUUCCUGAGCCCCGCCCCCCCGCCAGUAAAUUUAACAAGGUGCACAACGGAUGGGCUUGGGUGUAACUUUCUCUGCUCCUCUUCUCUGUGAAAAAGUAGUGAAGUAACUAAACAAGUCAGUAAGAGGAAGGACAAGAAAAUACCAAAGUGUUGCAAAUUUAACAAUUGCUUCUAAGUAAUUAAUUCACAGUCGGCAGAAAUUUUGUAUCAUUCAACUCUCUACUUUGCAAUUGUAGCAAUAAGACAUUCAUCCAAGCCACCAUAUGCCUUACUGCCUGCCCACAUUGGAAUAUUGGGUGUCUCACUUCACCAAUAAUGUAUUAUAGCUCACACAGCCCUUGGAUAUCAGACAGCUUGUAAAGAGCCACGUUAGGAUACAAAUAUUUUCUGGUCUUAUUUCUUUGACUUAAUUAAAUCCUCUUUAAAAAGAAGCAGUCUGGUCUUAUGAGAGAAUUGUAAGAUGAGAGGUUUUUUGGUUUUUUUUUUUUAAAUGUUUAGAAAUUGAAAGACUUCCUACAGUCUGGCACCUCUUUUUGAUCUUGACCUUGAGCCCUUGCAAUCUGGGGAGGCAGCAAUAACGGUAUCUCAGGUUUAAAGGCAUUGUAUGUUCAGAUCAGCCAACAUUCAAAAGGACGUAAUAUUGUUCUCUUAAACAGCAUCUGGAUUGAAGCUGUUGUUGUUUCUCGUGACACAGGAAAAGGGCAGGAUGUGGGUCUCCGCCAUCCUCAGAGGCUGGGCUUGUGCGGCCCUCUGCCUGGCUUCCUGCUCAGCUGCCUUUUCCCAUGGUGCUGGCUUGGGGGCCUGUGAGGAUAUGCUGCCCAAGCACAUUCAAGCCCAGCCUCGGGACCCACAGACCCACCACAUCACCAUUCACAUCGGCAGGUCUUCCUACUCACCGGGUGACACAGUUCCAGUGACCAUGAGGAGCAUUCGAGAUUUCAUGGGAUUUCUACCUCAGGCUCGAAGAGUGUCUGAUCAUCAAACAGCUGGCACUUUUGUUUUCAUUCCUCCUCAUUCCAAAGCAAUAGCUUGUUUUCAAGAGGCUGAUACAGUCACCCACUCUAACAAGUCCCGGAAGAGAAACCUGUCCUUCGAGUGGAAGGCCCCUGCUCAACCUGUGGGGGACAUCACAUUCCUUUUGUCAGUUGUCCAGUCAUAUUUUGUCUAUUACUGGGAGAGCAUUGAAUCAUCUGGUGUGUCUCAACAGACACACUGUGGAGCCCACGCUGAUGGCGGCGAGCAACCCGGCUCACCGAUGCCAACCUCUGGCUGGAGGCGGGAGGGAACCACCCCAGCUCCCAGUCCCCCCAGCGCUCUUCCCCAGCAGUGUGUGAACAUCUUUGCUCUUGCCCCAACUGGAGCUGCAGAGGAGAACAGCUUAGAUCCCUUUUCUGCAAGUUUUUGGGUGACAGAGUUUUCUGGGGAUGCAGAGACUCUGUUCCAAUCAUCUUCACACACGGCUACUGCAGUCAGCAACGGCCAGCAACCCAGAGGGGACAGCAACCCAAUCCUAGAACUAUCCCUGGAUAUCCGUGGGCUGGAGAGAUUCAUGGCUCUCAGGAGAUUCUUCCCAGAGGGCAUUGCUUCCAGCCCUAGAACCCACCUCAGGACUCAGGAUGAUCCAAGCUUUGAUUCCUUGGAAACUUGCCUACCCUCAGAUAGGGAUGAACAAGACAAAAUGGAGUCCUCUAAUAGGACCAUGAUGAGGCCCUCUCUGUCCACUGCCCAUCGGCACCUCUGGUCAUCUGAAGCACUCACUGGGAAUGGGGCUGGGGCAGCCACUCCAACCCCUGUCUUCCACACCUCUGCCACUUCUGGGUCACCUGCUGCUGGCGGGCAAUCAGAAGCAUCGAGGCCUUCUGCCAGCUUCUUACCUCAGUCAAAGCACAAGGAGGCCAGAGUGCGAGAGGAACAUGGAGGGGGCAGAUUGGGAUACCCCAGGAAGACCAAUCGAAGGCCUGAGGUUGGGCAACAGGGAGCCAGUGCCCCUUCAGGGAUCCAGCUCAGGAGUCCCCAGCUGGGAAUCCUGCUUUGUCUUUCUGCCACCUUGGGCAUGGCCCUGGCUGCUGGCCUCUGCUGUCUACACACCCAGUAUUGCCACAGGUGGACAGAAGUGUCCUUCAGUGAGCCUGCUGGGGAUGCUGUUGCCAGGAGCGAUGGUGGUGAGACAGUCCGUGUCAGGAAGAUAAGGGAGAACAGUUUUGUUUUGGUUGAAGCAGAAUACAACUGGCCCCCUUCCUCUGUGGAUAACGAGAAAACAGUCCUCUGAGCAGACCAUCGUCCUAGGCCUCCGAGUGGCCCUCCUCAGACCCUGCAGUUCCUCAGCCAGAACAGAGCUAAUGAGAAUAGCUGAUGAGGACAGGGACUCGCAGUGGCCCCCGUCAGUGAGCAGUUAUUCGAGGCAGCUGCGAAAGGACAGUUUUAUCAACAGAGGGAGUUCUUCCCGAGCUUUGUUGUCUUAACAUCUGUAAUUUAGCUGCUUUUUUUUUUCUAUUCACAAUUAGACGUUCUGUUUGAAGAGUUAAACUCAACACAAUGAAUAUUGUAUAACCUGCUCAUUAACUAGACUCCUGUGGCCACCGAGCUUCCUCUGUUGCCUUAAGGAACCUGCAGAAAUAGAAAUUCUGUCCCUCCUCAGUAUGUCAGCCUCAUCCUUUGAAAAAAAGUAAUGUUGGGGUUGUGUCUCUUACAAGAAACGGAACUGCAGCCCUCGCUUUACCUCUCCAAACCACCCCAGAAGAAGUUUCAUUUUCAAAACUAGCUUUCCAAACUGGCUCUGCUUCAGCUGACUAGGUGAAUGCAAGGGUAUUCAGUCUUCUUGGAAACUCAGAAGCCUGGCAAAUCUGCCUCAGAAAUUGAUCUGAAGUGAGGAGAGUUUUAGAGAGCUUGAUUGAACAUAUCUGUGGGGAACCGUGUGCGUGGCACAUAAACACCAGAGUGGGGUAAGCAAGGCUCUUCAUCAGGUGCAAAUGGAUCUGAGACCUCCCAUCCAUUUACACUUGAUGGGAAGCUUAUGUAUCCUAAUAGCCAGCAAACAUAUUGCCUUUUGCCAAAGGUCAGGCUGGAAAAAAUGAUGAUACCACACAGUUUGAAGAAGAGCCUCUAAUCUUUUUAGGGAGAAAGCAUCAUGGACAAAGACAGCAUCAUGGACAAAGACCAUCUUUCUGCUCUUGCGAUUUAUGAAGAUCACUUUGAUUUAGCCAGGUGUCCCAUAGACGUUAUGUAGGGCCAAGACAACAGGUUUGAAUAUAGCUUUUGAAUAUGCUGACCUAAUAUGACACAUAGAAAUUAGCUGCCUUUUCAGGGGUAAACCUGUUACAGAGUCACAAAACAUUUUUAUGUGGAAACGAAAAACCACUAUAAAUUUGGAAAGGGUGUUUAUUUAUCAAGCACCUAAAUCACACAGGUACUGUGCUAAGAACUUUGCAUACAUUUUCACAUUUAACUCUCACAAUAACUUAAUGAAGAAUAAGUUCAGUAACUUGCCCAAGAGAGGGGGGCAUUCAUGACAUCUCAAUUCAACAACAAAAACAUUUUUUAGAAAACUGGGCGUAUGGGAAAGAGAUAGAUACCGCUGUUUUUCCAGCCUCUUUUAGCUCAUAGGGCACUAAUUCCAAGAUUGUUUCCUCCUUGAUUCUGGGCUAGGCAGAUCUGCCCCCUGGCUUCAGUCAAGAGCCUCAUUAGGAAUAUGGAGACCUAGGUAAUUGUGUGUUCACACAUGAAAGUGUUCUAGGAAUACUGUGGAAAUAAAUGAAUGUACUAUACUCCACUGGUGGCCAGAGAUAACCCUUCUACAUAUCCCCUCGCCCCAAGGACAUCCUCUCCGAGAUGUAGACAAGGAACCCCGCCAGUGGAGAGCUUUCCUCUGGCCAUGAUCCUCUGGCCAGUAAUGAAAAAUUGUUUCACAAUUGUCUGUGAAAUAAACUACACCCAACACAGUUUGUUGUCUUUCACAGGUUCAGGUUGCCUGGGCUCCGCUGGGUAGUUCUUCUGCUCUAUGUACUGUUCAGUGGGCUGACUUGCUCACGUGGCUGGCAGUCGGUGCUGACUUCUGGCUGGGGCUCACCCGGGGCUGUCGAUGAGUGUGGGCAGCAAUUUGUUCCUUCUCUUCAUGGCUUCUUAUAGCACUGUUCCCAGAGGGGUGUUCCAAGCAGACAAAACCAGAAGCUGGGGGGCUCUUCAGGCCUAGCCUUGUAAGUAACAUGGUUUCACUUCUGCCACUUUCCAGUGGUUACAGGGAGUCAUGGGCCAGCCCUCUGUCUUCAAAGGGAAGGGCAAUGGAUUAUGCUUUCGGAUGGGAGAAGUGGCAAAGGAUUUGAAGCUAUCUUUAAUUCACCACCUCACCUCUCUGGUUAGACUGCCAGCAUGCCGAGGGGCUUCUGUGAGUGUAGAAGGAGGGGCUGUUCAUCUCCAGAAGGAGCCCUGGGUCACCUUCCCUGCAAGGCAUCGAAGGGGGUGAGGGAAAUCUCAGGGUCAGGUGCUUCCUCUUCUCCGGCUCCCUGGGCAAAAUAGUGAAGUGUGGCAGAAGAGUCAGUCAGACCUCUGAGUCUCCACUUCCUCAUCAGAGAAAAACAGAAUUCUUUACCUCUUUCAGUUGUCAGGCAGAGUAAAUGCGCAUUCAACCUUUAGCCAGCUAUGACUAACUACUUAAUGUCACCUUGCAGCUGCAACACUAUCUUUAAAUCUAGUCCAUUUAGACUCCGUGACCACCGAAAACGUUAUUCCCUUUCCAGGACACCUUCUCCCCUGUGGCCCCCCUCCCCCACCCAGCGAAUGGAGGUGGUCCCGGUGCAAGUUGUCGUCGUGGCCACUGGCUACAAUUCCUGCUGGGGGUCAGACGUUUUUGCUGAGACUUUCUGAAGAAACUCUUCUUUGGCAGGGGCAGUGGAGUCCAUAGACCUGCAGUCAUGAGACACAAAACCCCUCUGUUACUGUGAACUUGAAGGUCCUCUAAGCCUGGCUUCAGAGAAGCCCCAGAGGGGAGCCAGUAUGAAGUGUUAACCUGAAGGCAUUUACUAAAGCACAAAGCCAUUACAAGUGAAAAAAAAAAAAAAAGGCAAAGGACUCAAAUG